GAAUUACAGAAUCUCAAAAAAAGAAUUAAAAGACUUGAAGCAAGGAAGAAGACCGCAAACAGGCCAACUGUAAAUAAUGUGCAAAAGGUCAGGAAAACCAGAGAGGGUUUCCCAACAAUUCCCAACAGCAGCAAGAGGAGGGAAAUGAGAAAACUUGUAAGCCGUUUCCUGCACCAAGAUGAUGUCUCCACUGUUGUCAAUGGGAAAGCUGGAGAGAUAAGGCAAAAGGGACAAAUCUACAGAAAAAGGACCCUGUCUGACACCCUGGGUAAACUUCAUAGAAGAUUUUGUGCUGAGAACCCCGAGCAAUGUGUGUCCAAAGCCCAGUUCUUCAAACUGAGGCCAUUUUGGAUAGUUAGGCCCAAAGUCACAGACAGGGACACGUGCUUGCAAAAUGCAUGAGAACUUCGGCCUAAAAAUAAAAAAGUUGCAGCAGCUUGGGGUUCUCAAAACCGCAAACAUGAGAGACAUUGUAGAGUCCAGUGUGUGUGACUCAAACAACAUGUCCUGCAUGUACAGACGAUGCCCGGACUGCAAGGAAAAGACAUUUCCCACAUCACUGGAUCCUUCGACCCAAGGAAACAUUGUUACAUGGCAGGAGUGGGUAACAAGGUCUAUCAGCAUUGCGAAGACUGGCAAAGACGGAUCCAUUGAAAAGAAGGAUGUGAAAAACACUUUCCUUGAAAACAAGAACACUUCAAUUGAAAAGCUGGUGGCCAUGACAAUUGAGAAUCUCCCAAAUUUUGCAAUACAUCUAUUUAACAUAAAGCACCAAUUUGUGGCACUCAAAACUUUGAGAGAGACCCUCUCUGAGACUGAUGUGGCAGUACAUGUAGAUUAUAGUGAAAACUACAGCUGCAAAUACUCAUGUGAAAUCAAGGAGACACAUUUUGGAGGUGGAAACCAACAAGUAACCCUCCACACUGGAGUAGUCUACCUCAGCAGUGGCAGGGUGGAGUCCUUUGCAUCCAUCUCAAAGUGUCUUCAGCAUGAUGCCAAAGCAACAUGGGCUCACAUUGACCCAGUGAUGAGGAAAAUACGAGAAAAACAUCCAGAUGCCAGAAAUAUUCACUUUAUUUCAGAUGGUCCAACAUCCCAAUAUAGAAACAAGACGUCUUUCUACUUAGCUUCCACAGUGCCUUUCAUGCGAGGAUUUCAGUGGGUGACAUGGAACUUUACAGAGGCUUCCCAUGGUAAAGGUGCACCAGACGGAGUAGGCGGUGCCUUAAAGAAUCUGGCAGAUCGAAUUGUCGCCUAUGGAACAAGCAUUCCAGAUGCAGACACACUCUUUGAGCAGCUGGCAAAGAAUUCUUCUGUGACCCUCUAUAAGGUAUCAGAGGAAGACAUUAAGGCAAGCAAUGAAUUGGUUCCUACACAAUUGAAAUCAGUUCGGGGGACAAUGAAAAUUCAUCAACUUACAUCCACAAAACCUGGAGUCAUCAGCACAAGGGAAGUGUCAUGUUUUUGUGAGAAAGAUUGCCAAUGCUUUUCUCCAUGUGUCCAUACCUUCUCUGAAAGAGAGGAGAGCCCUGAUAACGCUGAAUCUACCAUAGAGGUUGGACAGUGGGUCCUUGUUGAAUAUGAUGCCGAGUUGUUCCCUGGCACAGUCACACAGGCCAACGGGACUUGGAAUAAAACAUUUAAAACUGCUUUGCUUAAUAAUUUUUUUUUACUACAUUGUUGAUGGACAAUACGAAGUGGACACUAUGAGCUGCGCAGGAGAAAACCGCUUCUUUGUCCCGAGCAUCCGAUUUCCUGGAGAAAGGGUCUGGUACUACCGCAAUGACAUACGGGACAUAAUUCCGGAACCACUUCCUGUUACCUCUUCAGCAAGACACUUCUGUGUUUUGCCUGAAAUAUGGGCAAGACACAGAAAAGUAACACAUCAGUGACUAAAAAUUUUACAAGUCUGAUUGGUCACAGCAGGCAUGCACCACUGGUCUUACGAGCUUGUGGAGUUGGAGUCUCUGAGAGAUCUUUGUUUGAAAUUUGUUGGACAGUUUCCAUUAGUUCAUUGUAUUUGAGAUGUUUUAUUGUGGGUACUGUAGGCUAUAUGAAAUGCUUCUUUUUAUGACCAAAUGUUUGUAGGUUAAAUGUUCAUAGAAAAUAUGAAUUGUUCAUGAAAAAUAGAUAUUGUAUGUUAAAUAUGUAAGUCAUCUGAACCCUUGCUUAUUUGUUAAUGUAUUAAACUGAUUAACUUUGCUAAAUCUCA